GUUGUUGGCUGCUGUACCAGGAACAAAUGCUGCAUUUUUGAAAGGUUCGUGUUGAAAUCAGAGGCAAGUUCUUCUGUGGAAACAAAGGCGUUCUAGUUGCUACGAUUCAGAGAUUUUUAAAGAAGUUGUUACGCGACGAUGUUGUUUUGGUGACGGCGGUGUUAGAAUGAGCUGCCGGGCCGGUUUGACUGGCACUGCCGGAUCUGUUAGCGUGAGCAUGGCCGGCUCAGGCUAGGGAAGUGAGCACGCCGGGGGUCCGGCUGCCAACCCUCCGUCCGACGUAACCGUAUCCGUGUAGAUAUCAACCGCUGCGUGGUGGCCUUUCCAGUAAUUAAGUUUGCUUCAUCCAAAACAAUGGCUGGUUAGCGAGCGGUGCAGCCUGCAGCUGGAUGGAGCCCAGCAGCAGCAUUGUGGAACUGUAGCUCAGAGUCAGACUGCUCCCGGAUCCACGACAUUCAUUCACAGCGCAGAUCACAGACACCAUGAGUGCCAAAUUCGGACUUAUUAACUACAACAGCUCCAGGAAGCACAUUUCCAUCUCGAUCCCGUCGGCGACGGAGGUCAUGUCCCCGCACAUCAAGUCCGUGGAGGAGCUGCGUGUGCUGGGCAUCAACUUGAGCGGCUUCAACACGGUGGUGCAGUUUUUUAUCUGCGUCUCUGGAGUCUUUGUGUUUUAUCUGAUCUACGGUUACCUGCAGGAGCUCAUAUUCUCAGUGGAAGGUUUCAAGCCAUUUGGGUGGUAUCUGACGUUAGUGCAAUUUGGGUUCUAUUCCUUGUUUGGGUUGGUGGAGCUGCAACUCACGCAGGAUAAAAGACGAAGAAUUCCUGGGAAAACAUAUAUGAUGAUAGCACUGUUAACUGUGGGGACAAUGGGCUUGUCCAACACGUCACUGGGAUACCUCAACUAUCCCACGCAAGUUAUUUUCAAGUGCUGCAAACUCAUCCCAGUCAUGAUAGGAGGGGUGUUCAUACAAGGGAAGCGGUACAAUGUUGCUGAUGUAUCUGCUGCUCUCUGCAUGAGUUUGGGCCUCAUUUGGUUCACGCUGGCAGACAGCAAAGUUGCACCCAACUUUAAUGUAACAGGAGUCGUCCUUAUCUCCCUGGCUCUGUGUGCGGACGCAGCGAUCGGAAACGUGCAGGAAAAGGCCAUGAAGCUCCACAACGGCUCCAAUUCGGAAAUGGUCCUGUAUUCCUACUCGAUAGGAUUUGUGUACAUAUUGAUAGGUCUGCUUUGCGUCGGUGGCCUCAGUCCAGCAGUGACCUUCUGCUCUCAGCACCCGCUGAAGACCUACGGCUACGCCUUCUUCUUCUCCCUCACGGGCUACUUUGGGAUCUCCUUUGUCCUCGCGCUCAUCAAACUCUUCGGAGCUCUCGUUGCUGUUACAGUGACAACAGGAAGGAAAGCGAUGACAAUAGUGCUUUCGUUCAUGUUCUUCUCCAAGCCUUUCACCUUCCAGUACGUGUGGGGCGGUCUCCUCGUGGUCUUGGGAAUAUUCCUCAAUGUUUACAGUAAAAACAGGGACAAAAUGAAGCUGCCCUCUCUGGUGGAAAUCAGGGAGCUGCUCUGGUCCAGGAGAAGAGGGAGGCUGCUGUCUCAGAAUGUGUAGGGAGCUGCUCGGCGCACCCUUUCGCGGCGUAGUCAGGACCGCCGCGGGAGCCGCGCAGACGCCAUCCUGUGAACGGGACCGGGGCACAAAGGCUGACGCAGCGCUCCACGCUCGACCUGUACUCCUGGCCGCAUUGCACAGCGCCACACUAUAGCGAAGUGUACGUUUUAGUGACAACGGGACCAAUGAGGAUACGGUUAUGGGAAUCAUUUAUCUUCGUUAUUCAUAUCCAUGGUGAAUGUCUACAGAACGGUGUGUUUUGAACAUGCCACGAGUGUUGAGGUCUACGCAGCCAUAGCUCUUUUAGGCCUCUGCAUUUUCUACUAUUUUAUUAUUUUUCUUUUAAACCUCUUGCUUGGUCGUCCAACAGAAAAUGAGAGUGUGAAAUGAAGAAACUACACUGUUUUGCAGACUCUCUCCGGUGAAGGAUUUGCAGUGAAAGGAGAAGAGGGAAGGUUAAUUCAGAGAGAGUAUGAUGUGUUUUCAUAAAUUACUUAUAAGCAGCUUACAGCCGUUUGUUAUCCGUUGGCUGCAGAAGGGGAGUUGAACAGCAGCCAAGAAGCUUCUCGGAUGUUUACCCAUCGGACGGCUGGGGGCUUGUUUGAUUAGUAAUCCUGAAAUAAUAUCGCAUUGGAAGGGAAACAAACGUUGUUCAAAGGGCUUGGCUUUCGACCUAAUUUGGAUCAGAGGGAUGUCACUGUGUGGAUGUGUAAGCGCCCGCGCGUGUGCGUGCGCGCGUGGCUGGAUCAGGUGAGGACUACUGUGCAUCUCUGCAGACGGCAACCGUCACCUACACUAGAAAUUAAUUCUCUUAAUAUACACACCAAAAAUAUUUGUGAAUGACCAGUGUUGGGAAGCAGGAAGUAUGACUAGGAGAUCUUAAUUCACUCUCUCACACAAACACCACAAGUGAGCAGCAGUGCAGUUAAGAAAAUGUCAAUAACUUUAAAGUGGGGCGUAGGAGGGGGGUUCGGUAGCGCAGUGGGUUUGGCUGGGUCCUGCUUUCUGGUGGGUCUGGGGUUCAAGU